AUGAAUUCCAUCGGAAACCACCUCCUCGCCGACAUCACCAAGCAACGGGUCGCCCGCAGCGCCCGCGUCGCAAGCUGGGAUCAGACUGGCCUGAACGAAGAUGCCUUUGUUGUCCUCCCUGGCGAGACCGCCGUACUAGCGGAUCUCGAAGGACCCGGUGCAAUCACGCACCUUUGGUUCGUGCAGACCUGCCGCAAGAUCCUCGGGCCGGGCCUGAUCCCAUACACAAAGUCCGGCGUCGCCAUGAUGGAAAUCCACAAUGCGCUCGGGCUCAACUACGAAGUCAGCGACCCGGAUUACUACCGCAAAGUCCUCAUCAAGAUGUUCUGGGACGACUCGGAGACGCCCAAUGUCCUCGCGCCCAUCGGGGAUUUUUUCUGUCUUGGUCACUCCAUGGCUGCCAACUUUCAGUCGCUGCCCUUUACGGUCUCGGUCAAGCCGUCAGAGGAGAAACAGUUCGGCGGGGCUGCAGCGUUCAACUGCUACUUGACGAUGCCAUUUAACAAGCGAGCCCGCAUCGAGAUCGAGAACCAGAACGACGAAGCCUACAUUCAAUACUUCUACAUCGACUACGAGCUUUACCCUGAGCCGCUGCCCCAAGAUACUCUAUACUUUCACGCGCACUGGCGCCGGGAGAACCCAACCAAGGGCUGGGCCCCGUCGACAAUCCAAACCAACAGCCUGGAAACGCAGGUGAAGAACCUCGACGGGAAAGAGAACUACGUGAUCCUCGAGACCACAGGCGCAGGACACUACAUCGGGUGCAACCAUUCCGUCUGGCACGCGCAGGGAACGUGGUGGGGCGAAGGCGACGACAUGAUUUUCAUCGACGACGACACCUGGCCCCCGAGCAUGCACGGCACCGGCGGGGAAGACUACUUCUCGCAGGGCUGGGGCAUGCAGAAGAACGCAUAUCCGUUCUGCGGGACAAUUAUCCACGAGGACGACGUGCCCAACACGCAGGUCAGCUAUCGCUGGCAUCUCGCCGACCCAGUGCGGUUCAGCAAGCGAAUCAAGGUUACCUUGGAAACCGGGCAUGCGAACCACCUGCGGGAUGACUGGUCGACGACCGCGUACUGGUAUCAGACGCUGCCCGGGCCGAAGUUGGAGAUCCUGCCCAUGGAGGAGCGGCUGCCGCGCAGGCCGGCGGUGGCAGCGGUUCCGGAGCCGACCGAGGAGGAGCUUGCGGCACUGAGUGCGGACAAGAAGGAGAAGCUGAAGCAGCAUCGGGAGAGGUACGAUGCGUUUGUCAUGGAUCGGAAGAAGUGGUUGGCUCGGCGGGCGAAGGAAUCGAAAGAGCGGGCUUUGAGUAAUGUGCGGAUUUGUGAGGAUAUCCGCCAGCGGUUCUUGAACAGCCUCAAGCAGUAG